AUGGUAACCUGGGACCCAGACCGUGGUCUUGACGGUGUACCUCGGUAUUACAUCAUCGGUGGGACCGGGGCCGGGUAUUUUGCAAUACACAAGACCAACGGGUCCAUAGUAACUCGGAGAGAACUCUUGGCUCUGACCACACCUACUCUGUCACUGGUUGUCAUGGCAACAGACUCAGGACCACACCCACAAUUCUCCCUCUUCAACCUGACAGUCGUAAUCACUGAUGAUCAUAAAGUAUUCAUUGAGUCUCCAGUUUAUAAUUACACUAUCUCCGAUAAAUAUUCAUUUACUGGCCACACCUUUGGAUACGUACAUGUACCUGUACAUGAUGGGCGUGUCCUCAGUUACGUCAUACCUCCCGCCCAAGUGAUCCUACCGUUUGCAAUCAACCGGUCGACCGGUGGCCUCAGUGUCAAUGGCACUCUGGAUAGACAAUGGUACAGUUUCAGGACAGUGGCCAGUGAUUCUACUGAGAGUACAGUGUCCGUUAUUAAUGUGAGGGUUCUGGACACUGUUAAUAAUUUCAGACCAGAGUUCCCUCCUUAUUUCAGUGCCAUACUAUUACCAGCUUCCUUUCCUCUCAAUACUUCUUUCAUUAGACUGUUUGUAACCGACGGUGACAACGAUAAUAAUGCUGACUCAUCAUAUUCAAUACUAGCUCCUCCCAACUCACUGAUUGGGGUUGUCCCUACAAGUGGAGAGCUGUUUCUAUUGACCACACCUUCUUUUAAUAGCACCGUCAUAACAAUAAGAGCUAAUAAUGUUGAUCUGUUCAGUGAUUUCAAUAUCAACAUCACUCUAUUUCAUGCUAAUACUAACACUGAUUUUGAUCUAAUUUCAAACAACAAUGAUUCCAUUCUGGUACCAGAAUCAGUAGGCAUUGGUUCAGUUAUUUACACUCUUCCAGGCAGUUCUGAUGGUCGGCCGUUAUUCUAUUAUCUAACUAAUAAUGAUGAUAGAUUCACAGUUCAUUCUGGUGAUGUAUAUGUUACUGGUUCAAUGGAUUAUGAAGCACAGCAACACUAUACACUGAUCUUCACCAUUAGUGAUGGUAGCAAUAACAAUAAUAAUAAUAAAUAUUUUACACUAAAUGUCUCAUUAACUGAUGUUAAUGACAAUCCAUCAUACUUCACUGAAGAUAAUUUUGUUUUUUCUCUUCCUGAAGAUUCUCCGCUUAAUUACGUUAUUGGAUCAAUCAAUAUCACUGAUUCUGAUUCCGUUACCGCUAGCAAUGUGAUUUACUCUAUCAUCGAUUGGCUUCACCCCCUGUCCCCCUCGUUAUUCAAUAUUACCAGCUCGGGGGCCCUGGUAUUGACCGGACCCCUUGACAGGGAAACCCUUCCUUCUCAUACCCUAACAGUCGCAGUACAAGAUGGCCAGUUUGAACAGUUAACACGAGUAACCAUCAACGUUGAAGACAUUGAUGAUAAUCCUCCUUCAUUCACUGGCUUACCACUAACACUGGUCGUACCAGAGGACAGGUCGCUAGGUGACAUCGUUACCAUAGUAACAGCGUUUGACCUUGACGACCCUCUCAACAGCAGCUCCAUAGUUUAUUCAUUGUCUAGUUCUCAUCAAAUCCUUGACCUACCGCUCCAGCUUGAGUCCAGUACUGGUGCCAUUAGCAUCAAUGGAUCUUUAGACUAUGAAUCCGUCACUAGUUAUAAUUUAUACAUUACAGCUGCUAGUUCUACUAGUCCUUCAUCAUACUCCACUCACUCAUUGUCUAUACUAGUCUCCAAUAUCAUAGACACAUACCCGGUUCUAUACAGUAUGGAAGUAUCAGUUUAUGAGAACCAGUCCAGCAGUAAUUACGUUACUAAUAUAGGGGCGUCCCCACCUCCCCCUCACCCAGUCACAUACAGUAUAGUCAAUGGCAAUGACCUCGGUCAUUUCUACAUUGAGGGAUACACUGGUACCAUUAGGACAUUGGUACCACUGGAUAGGGAAACUGUUGAUUAUUAUAAUCUAACUGUUCGAGGAUCUUAUUCUAAUCAGUAUUACACUGAUAUAUCAGUAUUGAUCAGUGUUCUUGAUAUUAAUGAUAACAAUCCUUCAGUCUCAGUGUCUAAUCUUACGUUUCUUGUAUCAGAGGACGCUAAUGUAUCAAAUCAAGUCAUCUUUGAUCUUAACCCGAUUGAUCUUGAUCAAAGUAACAAUGGUAGCAUACGGUCGAUACUGAUCCUUGAUUCUGAAUCUGACACGAUAUUUGAUAUUGAUACUAGCGGACACUGUACAUUAAAACGCCAGCUGGACAGAGAAGAGAAGGAGACCCAUCAAUUCAAUGUAUUAUUAAUAGACGAUGGCCACACCCAUCCACUCUACAGUACCUAUUUAAUAACUAUACUAGUGACUGAUAUUAAUGAUAAUGAUCCUAUAUUCAAUAACUACCAGUCUACACUAGUGGUCAGUGGGCCAAUCUUGAGUAAUGAAGUGCUGUAUACCUUCACUGCUACUGAUACUGAUGGAGGAGCUAAUGGUACCAUACGGGGGUAUUUUAUUAGCGGGGGUUCCGGUGAAGGUGUGUUUAAUAUUGACCCCCUCACGGGUGACUUGAGGGGUCUGGAACUAUUUGAAAUGGAGUCUAAUUACAGUCUAAUGAUAGGGGCUGUUGAUGGAGGGGGUAGGAGGUCCAUUAUUAAUAUUUCAUUGAUAAUAUCAUAUUGUAGGUUCAAUGGACUCUCCUUCACUCCACCAUCUUAUAGUCUAUCAGUAGCUGAGGACACACCCCCUUCCUCUCUCCUCCUCUCUCCGUCAAUAACUGAUUUCAAUAGUCCAGGAGUUUUUAGAUAUUCUUUAUCAGUUCAUGACGAUCAGUUUAUGAUCAACACUAGCACUGGCUCCCUCUCUCUCCUCUCUUCUCCUGACAGGGAGCUCACUCCAGUCCAUUACCUGGUGUUAAUAGUACAAGACAUCUCAGCAAAUAUGCUACGAGUUGCCAAGGCGAUGGUCACCGUGACGAUAUCAGAUGUUAACGAUAAC